AUGGCUCGAUUUGCUGCGCUCCUCGCCCUCGCGGGCACCGCCGGCGCCUACGUCGCGCCCGUCGCGCCCAAGGUUUCGGCGAGUGCCCUGAAGGCUUCGCCGCUCGAUGGACUCGAGGGCGGCCAGGUGCCCCUCGGCAAUUGGGACCCGCUCAAUCUCGCCGACACGACGCAGUUCGGUCCCACGCUCGAGUGGUACCGCGCGGCGGAGCUCAAGCACUGCCGCGUGGCCAUGGCGGCCUUCGUGGGCAUGGUGCUCCAGGCCAACGGCUGGGUCUUCCCCGGCAACAUCGCCCCCGGCGUCACCUUCAAGAGCUGCGUCGGCGCGACGCCGCUCGACACGUGGGACAACGUGCCGCUCUACGGCAAGUACCAGAUCAUCGCCUGGGUGGGCCUCAUGGAGCUCUGCACGGAGAUCCAGAAGCCCCACUACCUCAUGGGCGGCAAGGUCGGCGAGGUCAACUUCGACCCCGUCGCGAAGACCUACUCCCUCUGGGACCCCGUCGGGUCCAUGAAGAAGUGGGACGACGCGACGAAGGCGCGCGGCCGCCUCGUCGAGCUCCAGAACGGCCGCGCCGCCAUGUUCGGCGUCGCCGGCCUCGUCUCCGCCUGGAAGACCGACGGCUCCGUGCCCCUCCUCAACUUCUUCCCGGACUACACGGGCGGCCUCCCCACGGAGCCCUUCGCCGCGAACUGGCACCUCUCGGGCAUCUAG